AGAGCCAGACAGACAGAGAGAGAGAGAGAAGAGAGAGAAGAGAGAAAGAGACAAGACGGAGGGAGGGCAUCCUUGGCGAAGGCGGGAAAGGCGAGGCAGGGCCAGGAGGAGAGAGAGAGAGACCCUCUGGCCAUGGAAGCCCACCCCAGGAGCCCCCUCAGGGCCAGGAGACCCCAAGUGAAGAAUAUGAGACGGAUUUACUGCUGAGUGGCAAAGCUGUUGCCUCUAGAGAUGGAGACUUGUGCCAGCAAUGCAAGGCUCCACAUCAUCUCCUGUUUCUGUUUGCUUCAGCUCUGGCCUUUCCUGCUUCUGGCCUUAGUAGUCCCACCACACAGCGUCUGGUCUCUUCACACCCGGGGUGCCCUGGCAGGAGCACGGGCACUCUGCAGCCAUCGCAGCCCCUCAGCCCUCAGAUCUGUUUGCAUAUGGGACAAGAACUUUGCCCCAGAGAAAAGAUCACCCUCCUCCUUACAGCGCCAGCGGUCCCUGUUUUUCAGGGGGGCUGGUCUGCGAGGUGCAGCACGGCUGAAGCGUCAGGCCCAGGGGAGUCGGCCCGCCACCCCAUCAGGCUUUGAGGAUGGCUUGUCUUCCUCACAGUACCCCUGGGCCAUAGUUUGGGGUCCCACAAUAUCAGCUGAGGAUGGAGGUGAUGCCAACUCUGCCAACCCAGGUUUACCACCUCUGGAUUACACUUUUGUUUCUUCAAGUGGAAUGGCAACAGCACAACCCAAUUCACACUCACUGCUACACAAUGAAGGGCUCAAUCUGCGCCAAACUCCAGCCACACUACGGCCCUUCCUCUUUGGGCCUCGAGGAGAAGGUGUGGAUCCUCAACUGUAUGUUACCAUUACGAUCUCUGUCAUUAUUGUCCUAGUUGCUAUGGGAAUAAUACUCAAAUUCUGCUGGGACCGAAACCAGAAGCGCCGGCACCACUCCAGCCAGCAGAGUGGACUCCAACAGCAAGGCAGUCAGCAGCCCUUAACAGACCUGUCUCCCACCACAGUCAGCAUUCUGGGGCCCUACAGUGACUCGCAGGUGCCCACACCAGAGACGGUGGAGAGCGCACAGGUACUGGAAGGCAUGGAGAAGUUGGAGGGCCUAGGGAAGACCAGUGCAUUCCAGCUCAACAGGAUCCCACUGGUGAACCUGUGACUACAUGGGAAGUAAGAAGACCUGGCUGAUUUGUGGCAAGACCAAAUGCUGAAGUUUCUGAGGGAAUCCUGGAGAACUGGCAGCCUUCCCUUUAGCCCCUUUGUCCUGUGAGUUUGGUACUGCCACUCCUGACACAGCAGCAGCAGCAGCAUUAUUGUGGAUCCCUUUGUGCCAUGACCUUCCAUCAUCAUUGCAGGACCUUCCUAACAUAGAAAGGGGGGGCUCAGGUGGCCCCUGCUAGGCUGGGCUUCUGAAUAAGCUCUCAUCACAGGGAUGGCUGGGGCAGUAUCCCAUGAGCAGAGCAGUUUGGAGGCAGGACAAGAGAGGGCAAGAGCUGUUAGCAUUACAAUAACCCAAAAGGUGUCCACCUUGCACCCUAACACACACAAAUAUGUAUUUAUUUAUUAGUAAGCAUGCUUGGUACCCAGGGCAAAAUGCUCUGUGUCUCUUCAUCUCUCCUAACACCAACAAUUUUACUUUUAAUCAUGUAAUUUGAAGAGCCAGAGUUUAGCCAUCAUCUUUUUAUGGAGGAUGCUAAUGACUUUUAUGCACUGUGGGGAUGGAAAGAGGGAAUUGGAUGGAGGAGAAUGAGACACCCAGCAGUAGUAGCAAACUGAGCACAUCUCCACUCUGUUACUCAGCAUUCCGUAAUCACUCGCAGACUUACCCUUCUCUUUGGGAUUGCCAUUCUUUGUUCACUGCAAGCAAUGUUAUUGUUAGCAAGGAGAAGAGGGUGGUAAAAUAUAACAGCAAUACCAAUUUGUAUAGCAAGUCACCACUGAGACUUUUAAGGGCUCCUGGCCUUCUAAUUAAAGACUUCCUUGUUGCAAGUUAAUUCAGUUUCAUCACCUCCUGAUGAGCAUAGGUAAGGGAUGAGUAAUAAACUAUUAUUUGCUCUCCAUAUAACCUCUCUUAAUCAUGGUCAAGUAACGUAUGCCUUAAUAAAUGCUGUUCAGUAAAGUUACCCUGUAAUGCUAACUACCAGUACCGUAUAUAUUUGACUAUAAGUUGACUUCAUGUAUAAGUUGAGGGCAAGUUUGGGGGCCAAAAUUAUGGAUUUUGCUAUGACCCAUGGAUAAGCUGAGGA